CGGCGGCCCGCGCCAGACUCCUCCAUAACCCUCUCCUGACCCUUUCCCGUGGCCUCCUCCUCCGCCGCCGCCGCCGCCGCCGAUCGCCGAUCGCCAUGGCUUCUGGUGAGCUGCCGCCGUCCAGGAAGAAAUCCGCUCCCACCACCAUAAGCUCCCUCGGCGACGACCUCCUGUGCGAGGUGUUCCUCCGCCUGCCCUCCCUCCCGACCCUCGUCCGCGCCGCUCUCACCUGCCCCGCCUUUCUCCGAGCCGUCCGUUCGUCCCCGAAAUUCCGCCGCCGCUUCCGCGAUCUUCACCCGGCCCCGCUCCUGGGCGUCUUCCUCGACAUUUACGAGCCUGCCAUGCCCGCCUUCGUGCCCAUCCGCUGCCGGUCCGAUCCGGACCACGCGGCCGCCGUCCGCGGCGCUGAUGUCUUCCUCACCCGCGUCCCCGACGUUGAAGAAGAAGACGACGACGAUGUCUUCGUCACCCGUGUCCCCGAAGGGGAGGGGGAAGGGGAAGGGGAAGGGGAUGCCGAAGUUGAAGACGAAGAAGAAGAAGAAGAAGAAGAAGAAGAAGAAGAAGAAGAAGAAGAAGAUGAUGAUGAAGGGGAAGGGGAAGAGGAAGGGGAUGACGAAGUCGAAGACGAAGACGAAGACGAAGACGAAGAUGAAGGGGAAGAUGAAGAUGAAGACGAAGACGAAGACGAAGAUGAGGGGGGAGUCGACAAACAUCGGUGGUCAAUGACCGGGUACCGCGCGGCCGAAGGCAAAGGCGACAGCCCCAGGUGGUCAAUGACCGAGUGUCGCGAUGGCUACGUGGUUCUCGUCAACCAGACUGACAACGGGAGCACCAAGCGGGUGGCCGUGUACGACCCCCUUACACGGGGCCUGCACCUCCUCUCUGCGCCACCGGAAGAAAUCUGCGGAGACCCAGAAGACACCGCAGUCGAGUUCCACGUUGUCACCUCCGAAGAGGACCGCCGGUCGCUCCGCGUCGUCUGCGUUGGCAAGGAAAGUGGGGAAGUUCGAGUCGCCGUCUUCUCGCUGGGCAGCAGGAAGUGGCAGAUCUCCCCAGAAGCGGUGAGCCUGCAGCUGGAUGGCGAAGACAAUGGUACACUAGUGAACGGGUGUGUCUACUGGGCAACCGGAGCAGAUAUCCAUGUGCUGAACAGUGCAACGCUGCAAUUCUCCCGGAUCGAUCGGCCUCCGCACAUGCGACGGGAGGGUUACAAGAUCGGCGAGACCAGUGAUGGAAAGCUCUGUGUCGCCUGGGCAACUUCUAGUCCCGGGCUUUCUGUUUGGGUCCGGAGAGCCGACGGCAGCGGUGUCGACAAAUGGAUGCGGGACAGGGCAUUUGGGACGCGUGCGAUUGGUGAGCUCAACCUAGAGUUUGUAGAUGAACUCCCUGUACUGGCAUUGGAUGUUGUGGCCAUCAUCGGUGGCAUUGUGUAUUUGUCUAUCUUCCAGCCAUCGCUUCCAAGUGCUUCAGGCUGGUUCCUAUCCUUCUGCAUUGAGACAAAGGAGCUGAAGAAGGUCUGCCCUAUCACUCGCUCUGAAACAUCCUACCCCUACGUAAUGGCGUGGCCUCCUGUUCUGGUAGGCAAUAAGGUGAACUCUCUCGGCUAGAAGGUGCUCAACUAGUAAGAGGAAGAAGAACACUAGAACUAGAAGUCGGUCAUUUUGUCUGUACUCUGUAUAUUACCUUUUGUUAUCAGAUGAUGGUAUGUUGCUAUGGUUCUAUGCAUGUUUUCUUGGUUGGAAUUA